AUAUACAUAUGUAUAUAUAUAUUUCUAAUUCGUAUAAUUUAAAAUUGGUAUUACAAUUUGUCAGGGAACGCAGCAGCAGUGCCAACGCCUUGAAGUUUUCCUCGUGCCGGUUGACUUUUCCUUGAGGUUUAAAUAACAACACGAAUUGAAUUUUCGUGAGAAAUCGUUAAUUGUCGUAUGACUCAUUGUCAUAUUUUAUAAUUCCCAUUGUUUAAAUGCGCGAAUCUGAAAGUGCGAAUAUUCUCUCCUCUCGUAUUAUCUUACUGGUAUAAUUGAAUAUUGCACAAUAUAACAACAUUUCAAAAAUUUGUAUAGUCGUACUUUGGUGAAACAAAGGAUUAUUUUGUAAUUUGAUCUUUUUUUAUACAUUCCAAUAUAUAUAUAUAUAUCCAAAGAAUAAACAUGAUUCCUUUAACAGAAGGAGCAUUAGAUAAAAUCAUGGCAGGGGAGGAUAUUGACAAUCCAAUUAUUCAAAUACUGGGUCAUAAAAAGUUAGUUGGUCAAAACACUGGAGAACGUUACAGAUUAUUAGUUUCUGAUGGCAAAAGAGUUAACUCUUUUACUAUGUUAGCUACACAAUUAAAUUCAAAGAUAACAGAGUUGACUGAUUUUUCUAUAUGCCAGGUUAAUAGAUAUGCUGUAAGUGUGGUUAAUAAUAGUGGAAAACAAAAACGUGUGAUGGUGAUAUUGAGCAUUGAUGUAAAAGUUCCUGGCGAACAAGUUGGUUCUAAAAUAGGAAAUCCCGUAAAUAUUGAUAACAAUGCUAAUGGAGAUGCAGAACCAACGAAACCACAAACAAGCACUGUAAAAAAACCUAUGGUAACAUCCAGCGUUCCAAAAAGUAGUUCUUAUGAUCAUUCAUCUGAAAUAACAACAACUCCUAUUGUUGCAUUAAGUCCAUAUCAAAAUAAGUGGGUUAUCAAAGCAAGAGUUACUAGCAAAUCUAAUAUCAUAACGUGGUCCAAUUCACGAGGUGAAGGAAAAUUAUUUUCUUGUGAUUUGGUCGAUGAGAGCGGUGAAAUAAGAUGUACAGCAUUCAGAGAUCAAUGUGAUAAAUUUUUUGACAUGAUAAAUGUUGGAAAAAUUUAUUACAUCUCACGAUGUAAUUUAAAAACAGCGAAUAAACAAUACAGCACUUUGAAGAAUGAUUAUGAAAUGAGUAUGACUUCAGAAACUGAAGUAAUUCCAUGUCACGAUGAAGUUGAUAGUAUUCCAACGAUUCAAUUUGAUUUUAUACCAAUAAAUCUUAUAGAAAAUAAAGAAAGAAAUGAUAUCGUAGAUAUUUUGGGAAUUGUGAAAUCUUGCGAAGAAGUACAAAUGCUGAGAGCACGAACCACGGGUAGAGAACUUAAAAAAAGAGAUGUUACUUUAAUCGAUGAUAGUAAUACCAUGAUAUGUUUGAGUUUAUGGGGCUCAGAUGCUGAAAACUUUAAUGGAAGUAAUAAUCCUGUUAUCGCUAUUAAAGGAGCACGUAUUGGUGAAUUUAAUGGUGGCAAAAAUCUGUCUACUUUAAUGUCUUCUGUUCUUCAAAUAGAUCCUGAUAUACCAGAAGCUCACAAAUUACGUGGAUGGUAUAAUACUAUAGGAAUGUCUGAUCAAGCUAAAAGUUUAUCUGCAUUUAAUUCAGGUGGUAUGAAUGGAGAAUGGUUAAGUUUACUGGAAGCGCAUAAUUUGAUAAAUAGAAAUUCAAAUAAAACACUUGUAUUCCUUGAUAAACUUAUUAUUACUUUGGUUAAAUCCGAAAACGUUGCUUAUAAAUCGUGUCCAGUUGAAGGUUGUAAAAAGAAAAUGAUAGACCAAGCUAAUGGAAUGUACAGAUGUGAAAAAUGUAACAAAGAAUAUCCAAGCUUCAAAUACCGGAUUUUGGCAAAUAUUAAUUUUAGCGAUUGGAUAAAUAAUCAAUGGGUAACUGCCUUCAAUGAAGAAGCUGAAAAAGUUUUAAAUAUGACAUCUCAAGAAUUGGGUGAAUUACAGGAAAACAAUCAAGAACAAUUUUUGGAAAAAUUGACUGAUGUCACAUUCAAAUAUUUCCUUGUCAAAUUACGUAUGAAAGUAGAAUGCUUCAACGAUGAAUCAAGAAUAAAGGCAAAUUGUUUAUCCAUAUCAGCGAUGGAUUAUAAAACACACAACGAUGUCUUAUUAACAAAACUAAAAGAUUUUCUAGGAAUCGAAAUGCUUUAAUAAAUUUUCAUAUUACAUUUAUUUAUCGAAAAUCUAUUAUGCUGUAUAUUCAUAACGAUCUUUAUUUAAGUUUGUUAUUGAAGAUAUAUUUAUACAUUGCAUAUGUACUUCUUUCCUUAUUUCUUUAAU